AUGUCAGUAGCAGGCUUGUCCUUGUUGAUGUUGGGACUGGGGGGAAGGGACUUUGGAUGUAUUUUAGAUGGAUUAGUGGAGUUUGAAAGGAAGGAAAAUAGAAAAUAAAACUAUAGAAAAAGAAAAAAUUGAAAAAAAAAAAAUAAUAUGGCCUAUUUUUUUUAGUGUUUUUUUCUUCACUAGAAAGGGCUCAUUCUUUCAAAAAAAUUUCAGUAUAUUGCUUCCAAAAAAAUCAAAAGUCUACGUUUUUUUGUGUCACUUUUUUUGGUGGGAAAUCUUUCGUUCUGGACCAUUUUAUUUUUAUAAAAAAAGGUUCAAAGAGAUUAUGAAAAAAAUAUGAAAAAAAUAUAAAUGGAACUUUACAGCAUUCUUUUGAUCACAAAAAGUUUAAUUUUUCUAAAAAAAUUUCAAUUUGUGUUUCAAAAAGAGAAAUUCCCGCUUUUUCUAGUCAAUUUCUCAAUGGAAAAGCUUCAACUCCUGUUUUAUUUUUUUCGUUUAUUUUCCGUUGUCUUCAGCCGGAAAAAAAGCCAUCUGCAGAAGUCAAAGAAGAUUCCUAUGUUAGUGUCUGACGCGGCGAAAAAACAUCCGCACCACAAUUUUAUUUUAUUUUAUUCCGUCUCUCUGACCCCCCUGGAGCAGUAAUUAUUUGAAGCAUCUGAAGAAAUUUUCUCUGUUUUCCACUUGGGUGGUCAUUUUUCAAAGGGAAAUAGAUAAAUUGUAUGUUUUUGAGUGAAACGGGAGAGAGUAUGGGGAAUGAAGAGAGUUACAGACGCGAGGAGAGUUUUUCGAGUGUCUGGCGUCUCUCAAUUUGUACCUAAUUUAGCGCAGUUAGAGAACAGAAUGAGAAAUUAUGAGAGAGUGUGGGAAAUGGAGAGUGUUUCAGACAGACUUUUUCCCUCUGUUUGUCUGUAGUCUCUUCGUUUUUGCUCAUCUAUAGCUUUGCUAAUUCCUUUUUUUCUCUUUUCAAAAAUGCUCCAAAUGACCACUUUAGUGUCUCUCCAGAUCCCAAGGGACCACUUUAGCGUUUUUCAGAUUUCAAGUGACCGCUUUAGUGUUUCUAUAGCUUCUAAGUGUCCGCUUAAGUAGUUCUUCAAAUUCCAAGUGACUCUUUUAGUGUUUUUCUAGCUUUCAAGUGACCCCUUCAGUGUGUCUAUAACUUCCAAGUGCCCCUUUUAGUGUUUCCUCAGAUCCCAAGUGGCCACUUUAGCGUUUUUCAAAUUUCAAGUGACCGCUUUAGUGUUUCUAUAGCUUCCAAGUGGCCCUUUAGUAGCUCUCCAAGUUCCAAGUGACCCCUUUGGUGUUUUUCUAGCUUUCAAAUGACCCCUUUGGUGUUUUUUCAGCUUCGAAAUGACCACUUUAGUGUUUCUCCAGAUUCCAAAUGACCAUUUUCAUCGUUCAUCAGAUUAAAAGGGACCACUUCAGUACUUUUAAACUUCCAAGUGACCCCUUUAGUGUUAGUGUUUCUUCAACUUCUAAAUGACCCCUUUAGAAAAAAAUGUUUCAAUAUUAUUGGUCAAAUAGUUAUCUUUUUUCAAACCUCUCAAAGCUGAUCGGCCUCGUCAAACAUUAAAAAGGGCAGUCUGAACGAAUUUCCACACAUUUUCCGGGAAAAAAGCCUGGAAACGAGGCGAAAAAAGGCCCAAUUUUGAAGACCCCCCAUGGCGCGACCAAUUAGUCGCGUCUUGUCCUCGUUUUUUCCUUGUUUGAAAGUCAAAGUUGGAAAAAAAAGCGGGGAAGAGAGGGAAAGGCGCCAGUGAAACUGAUAGAAUCUUCCUUGUACGGCUUUACUUUUCGUUAUUUUUUACUUGUUUUUAGGAAAUAUUUUUUUAUUGUAUGUUAUUGAAUACUUGUUGGAAAGCUCACUCGAGAACUUGAGAUUUUUCUUUUCUCUAGAAGUUUUUUUUUAGGAGUUCAGUACUCUGCUUUCAAUGAAAAAGCGCGACUAACAUCACAAAUCCUAACUUUUCGGGAAAAUCUUUUAUUUGUUUUUUUCACUGUUUAAGAGUAUAUUUGAGGAAGUUUUCCGAUUUUUUGAAGGCCUCAGAUUUUUUAAAACUUCUUUGAGCAGUUAUUAAUCGCCCAAAAAGGUCAAUUUAUUGAAAAUUAGCCAAUUUUUAUCAAAAUCUUAAACUUAAAAACAUCUAAAUUUGGUAGUUCCCUAGAAAAAACACCUCAGAGCACGUGAAAAGUCGGAAAAGGUGGAAAAGGCUUUAUAUACAUUUUCCUUUUAGGGUGAAAAAAGGCUCCUAUUUUGCUGCCUUUUUGCGCCAUUUCAUCGGCUCUUAUGCAACAUUUUUGCUGCCUCUUCCUUUUUUUUGCCAGUUCUUGAGCCUUUGUCCGCCCUUUUUGUAGCCUUUCCGCGACCUUUUUCGAGCCUUUCCCUUCUAGCGGCCAUUAUCCAGCAUUCCGACUUUGCCCCAGAAGUCAGGGAAAGCCCUCAAAAACCGCCAAAAUGAGCUUUUUUUUCAGCCUGAGAUAACCCGCCUUGAUAUUUGCUGUGAUGAACGAAAAUAAAUCCUAAACCUUUUUGAAGCAUUACAAUAAAAAGAAACGACAGGAAAUUGCAGUGGCGAAGGCGGCGGUCCUGUCGUCGGCGAUGCUGGCCCGGAAGAACUCGUCGUCCCGGGGCCCGAGCACGUUCGGCGCCCGGGAGAGCAUCGCCGCCAUCUCCGACAUGCUCAACACCCAGCAGAAGAAGCCGGCCAGAAACAGUACGUUUCAGUUGAAAAAUGAGUGUCGGGGGGCGCUUACCAGGGAAUAGUCUCAGCGCACAGUGGGACUUUUGAAUGAGACCAUGUUUUUUUAAAUGUAGUUUUUCAUGCUGAUUCCAAAUCCGGUCUCGAAAGCUGUCGCAUAGAUCUGGGAAAAAAGUUAUGGACCCCCAAAAGUCGAGCAUAUUAGCUUCAAAUGCUUAUUAAGGUACUUAGUACAGUAAUUAUCGAAUUAAGGGCUUUUUCCCAUUUUUUCUACUUUUUAUGAUAGUAAAUUACGAUAGGAGGUUUUCGAAAGUGAAGUAUUUUUUUAUAGUUAAGUUUCAUGAAAGCCAAAAAUGAAAGUCAAAAAUGUUUAUAUAAAAAUCUAUAUUUCAAAAAUAGAUUUUAUAUAAACAUUUUGACUUUCAAAAAACUUUCUGAAAAUUUGAGCUUUUUCAAAAAAAUUUAAGAACUGAUUAUUCACAUAUUUUUUUCACAGAACUUUAGCCCCCAAUUUCUCUAAUAUUUUAGGUCUUUAUAAAAAAUAAAACAGCUUAUUUGAUCAAUUUUCUUAUCAGUUUCUUCAAAAGAUCUUUCCUUUCUUUUCCCAGCAUUUUAAUUCAGCUCCACUUUUAAAAACCAUAUUUCAGUGUACCAAUUCGAAUUCUAGAAAAAUUUCAAUGUUUCGGAAGUUCCCAUAACAUUCUUAUCAAUCCAGCGGCGUCAGGUAAGUGCAAAAUGGAGCGCUGAGCCACCAGUGGCCGGAUGGUCUAGGGGUAUGAUUCUCGCUUCGGGUGCGAGAGGUCCCGGGUUCGACUCCCGGUUCGGCCCAAAUCCUUUUGCUAUUUUUCCUUUUGCUCUUCAUCAACUUAUAAAUCUCUUUUAACGAUGUUUCUUGCCGUUCGGAAUAGAAAAAAAGGAGCCGUCGGCAACUCAUCGUCGCAAAACCAGUGCCGGUAAUCCUGUGAAGCCUCUCUGACGCUUCUGAAGACAAUAAAAUUCCUCUUUUUUUCUGAACAUUCUCCACUCGUAAUGCUGCGAUUCCCAUCUUAUGGCCGGAAAUUGCCACAAAUCGUGGAUCUCGGUGAAGAAUAUUCAGAGGCUGGCGAACGAGGUUGGGUUGAGGUUUUUGAGAAUAAAUAUUUGGGAUUUUCUGUGGUUCUUUUUUUAGUUUUUAAUCAACUUUAAGUUUGAAUAAUGUUAUUUAAAAAGUUUAUCAUUCAAAUCAGGUGAUUUUUGUUCCUGGGUUAUCAUGUGGUUUUCAAGAAAAUUCGAAAGUCUGCAAAUUUUUUUUUAACGGGCAAGAACUGAUUUUGAACUUUGAAAAUGUAGAAUUGCACCGAAAAAAAAUCUUUGAGCCUUAAAAUUUUUUUGAAAUGUUAAAAGCAGCUCCUAGAGCCCAUCUCCCUGCAAAAAAACUUGUUCAAACGCUCAAAAUCUUUAAAAAACGACCAGAAGCCACCCACGACGUUUAAGUAUACACAUCUUUUACACUGAGGCCAUUUUCUGCCUAUUUUCCUAUCCAUUUCCCUUCGAUUUCCUCUGCAGAUAGUGGGCCGUUCCUCAGCCAGAAGCCCAUUUGAUUUCUCGCCACGAAGCAGCAAAAAAAAAAGAAGGAAGAUGCGUGUUAAAUUCGAACUAGCCCUCGAGGGACUCGUUUCUUUUUUUUUCCGUCGUGUUGCGCUACUUUUAACCGCAAAAACAACCAAAAUAGUAAAAAAAGUGGAGCUUGAAGCUCGAAAAUGAGGAGAUGUAAAAAAUCCAAGUGUUUCGAGAGUCUUAAGAAGGCUAGAGUGGUCUCUAUAGGGGCGACUUUGGGAGUCCUUGAAGGUUCCCCUCUAGGGACCACUUCACCUCCCCUAAGCUUGCAAAAGUGGCCCCUAUGGGGGAAACGCUCAUGAACUCCAUGAGGAUAAGUAUUUCCAUGCGGGAAACUCAAUAAAUCAGCGUUUUUUUGAUGAAAAAUAUUUCAAAAAAAUUUUAUCAAAAAAAAAUCGAUAGACCCUAUAGGGACCACUUGAGCUUCAGGGCUUAACCUUCAGACCCUAAGUCCCUAUAGUGACCACCUAACAUUUACCACUUUAGGGGACAGUUUCUUGACCCCCAGGGAUUGUUUCUACCCUAACCCCUAUAGGGCCCACUCUGACGGUCCUAAAUUUAUAAAUUUACAGCGGAUUGAGGCGCGUAAAAAGGACUGAAAAAGACAAUAAUUGUAAUUUAAUAAAUUUAAUAAUAGUUUUCAAUGAAUUCAAGUAUUUUGGAUGUAUUUAGUAGUUUUCUUUUGAGAGAAUUUUUAAAAUGUUUUUUUUUCUUCUAUUUUUUAGGGUAUGAAAUCCCGGACAUUAUAUCAGAAGUAUGUAGAUUUUUUUAACGGAAAAUAUUUGACAUAGUUUUUUUUUGAUUUUUAGAACUUUUGAAGCCUUUUGGAGAAGCCGAUUAUAAUGGAAAUUUCAAAAAGUACUUCGUUUUGAGUAGACUUUUUUUGGGAAAACGAGAACUGUUCUAGUAAAAAUUUGAAAAAUACAUAUUUUAGGCUACGUGGAGAGCGAACGCGUCGAAAGAGCCCUGAAAUUGGCCUGUACGAUUUCCCUGGUAACGGUUUGUCUGCACACGCCGAGGACCUUCGAAGUUUUCCCGCCAUUGAAUUAUUUGGUCUUCGUCCUCGACUUUAUUUCUGUUUCGAUUUUCGUCGUUGAAGCUAUUCUACGGGUUCAUCAUGAGGGUGUUUGCAAGGUGAGGGUGAAUAUUGUAGGGAAAAUUGGCUUUUUUUUUUCGAAAAAAUGGAGUCUUAGGAAGGAUUUUUCCUGAUGGGUCGUUUCUAGUUACUAAACUUGAAUGAGAGUAAGAAAAAUCCGGGAAAGUUUUUAGUGGCCUCUUUAGGAUUUUAAAGUCGUAGUGGUCACUAUAGUAGUCGAAUUAGUGGCCACUUAAGGAGCUAAAAACAGUGACCACUUAAGAAGUCUGAGUAGUACUCUAGACCACUAAAAUUUUAGUGUCUUCUCCAAGAGUCCUUGAAGGAACUCUGUAGGGACCACUUAAGGAUUUUAACGUUUUAGUGAUCACUAUAGUAGUCAAACUAGUGACCACUUAAGGGGCUUAAAUUACUGGUAAUUAUAGAACCCUAAGCGAUACUACUAGGCCACUGAAAAUUGAAGCGGCCACUUAAGUGUCCACUCCAAGAAGCCCUAGAAGAGCCUCUAAAGUGGCCACUAGAAUUUUUCCCAGUGGGAGCCAGAAAAAAAAAUUCAAAACAUCCUAAAGAAUUUUUUUCCACUAAAAAUCAAUUUCGCAACACUUUCGAACAAGAAGAACCCAAAUAAAGGAAAUUCAAUCCCCUGAGCUUCUUCUAGACAACUGAUUGGAUUGAACUCUUGCAAAAAGCAAAAGAGAAACAAAAAAGAAGAUAUUUUCCCCAAAAAUCAAUUGAAUUCCAAUGAGUGGAAUCGAAAAAAAUAAGCAAUUUUUUUUAAUGGAGAUGGCUCUUCAAAACAACAAUCGCAUUUUUUGAAAGAGAUAUUUCUUUCAAGGGGUUCAUUUUUUUCAAAUAUUGUUGCAAAGUGUUUUUUUAUAUUAAAUUAAAAUUAAUUUUAAUAGAAAAAAAGGCAAUUUUUCAAAGAAAAAGACGGAAAAAUCAGCAACAAACUUAUUUUUCCUGAGUAAUUCGUGUGAUUUUUUUAAGUUGAAAGCUUUUUCAGUUCGACUCUUCGUACUACGCGAAUCGCUGGUCUCAAUUCGAUAUAUUCAUGUCACUAGUUCAUUUAUUAUCACUUUUACUGCACGCAUAUCGAAUAGUCGACUUAUUCUUCCCUUCACUUCAAUUAUAUUAUCGACCCUGGUUCGCUGUGAUACGCUCAAUACGGCCUUUCAUCAUUAUCCGACUGAUCCCGCUGAUCGUCAAGUUCAAACUGCCCAAAAAUCGGAUAGAACAACUUUUAAAGUGAGUUUAAAAAAUUGCAAAAAAGUUUCGACCACGGCAGGAUUCGAACCUGCAAUCUUCUGCUCCGUAGGCAGACGCGUUAUCCAUUGCGCCACGCGGCCAGUUGCUGCCCCUCGGCUAACUUGUCGGUUUUCCAGGCGCUCCUCGCAGCAGGUGCAGAACGUGACGGUGUUCUUCGUCUUUUUCAUGACUUUAUACGCGAUUUUGGGCAUUCAGCUUUUUGGAAGGAUGGAUUAUCACUGUGUGAGGCCAGGUUUGGUUGCUUUUCCAAAUAUUGAGAAAAAAAUUAUAUCGAAAAUUUAUAUCGAAAAUUUUCUUUGAAAAAAUAACAAAACUAGUAUUGAUUGCUUUAUUUUGUGGAAGUUUUUCAGGAACAGAUCUAAAUAAUGUCACGAUUAUGGAUUUGGCGAUUCCUGAUACGAUGUGCGCGCCCAAUGGGACUGGAGGAUAUGAAUGUCCAGCUCCGAUGGUGAAUUUUUUCAACUUUAUUCGUUUUUUCCAACUUUUAAGUAAUCUUUAAAUUUCAUUAAGUGUGAUAUUAAAGCUGAAUGAAUACUGAUUAUGCUCUUGAUUUGAUUAGGAAUCAAGUUACCUAAUAGAACCUUGAGAAAGGUCUUAAACUUGAGAAAAACCUAACUUUUUGGCAUCUGGAUAAGCUCAAAAAAUCAUAACUUUGGCUGUAGGCUUCCUAAAUUCGAUUAUUUAGAACCAAAAUAAUCAUAAUGAUGUGCUUGAUUUCAUUAGACACUAAGUUUCCUGAGAAAACGUUUAGAAAGAUUUGAAACUAGAGAAAACCAAAUUUUUCGACCGCCAGUCCAGUUCAAAAAAUCGGAACUUAGGCUGUAGGCUUCCUGGAUCCGAGUAUUCGAUAUCAAAAUACUCCAAAUGCAGUGCUUGAUUCUAUUUUGAACCGAACUUCUUAAGAAACCCUUGAGAAAGAUUCGAAACUUGAGAAAAAGCAUAAUUUAUUGACCUCUUGUGAAGUUCAAAAAAUCAUAACUUAGGUUGUAGGCUUCCUAAAUUCUAAUAUUUGGUAUCAAAAUAAUCAUAAUGAUGCGCUAGAUUAUUUGAGUAAUGAGUUCAAGAAAAACUUAAAACUUUACAAUUUUUUUUCUCAGGAAUGCCGAAGAUUGAACCUCAACGCCAAAGGAGAAGGCUUCUACGGAAUGUUCAACGAUUUUGGUAAAUCAUUUUUUUCAGCCACUCUUUGAAGUUAUUCUCUCAACUUUGAGCCGGUCCGGCUUUUCUCGAUAAAAAGAAAAACAAAAAUUCCCCCCGUUAGGGAUCGAACCAGCGACCUUUGCACCGUCAAACGAGAGCCUUAUCCGCUUAUCCAUUCUCUUUUUCCUGAAAUUCAAUCAUUUUCCAGGCGCCAGUGUGUUCACCGUGUACCUGGCGGCGUCAGAAGAGGGUUGGGUGUACGUUUUAUACGAUUGUAUGGAUUCUUUACCAUCCUACCUGGCCUUUCUGUACUUUUGUACCUUGAUUUUCUUCCUCGCCUGGCUUGUCAAGGUUUUUUCUGUUUAGAAAAGUUGAAGACCAAGGAUUUUAGAACGUAUUUAUUGCUGUUAUAACUGAAACUUUCGCUGAAAUCCGAGUUCAGUUCAGCGAGAUGUGGCAGAAGAAGGAGGUCACCCUAGACGAGGAGUUUCGACAGGUUCGUCGAUUUUUUGGAGGUUUUGAGGGCUUUUUAACAAUAAUGAGAUGGUUCAGGGGAGUCUGAAAGGUUCAAAAAUGAAUUCUAGGUCCAGUUAGUUGAGAAAAACUACAAGGGAUCCCUCAAGAGUCUUUGAAACUUCAAAAGUCGAUUUUUAGAAACGUAAAGUGUGUUUUUUGAAUUCUUAAAAGGCUCUAAAACAAGUAAUAUAGGCUCAAAAUCACUUAGAAAGUUCUGAGGGUACACUUCAGGGUUUUCAAACUUGGAAGGCAUGUUUUAGAGUUUUUUUUAAUCUUUUUUUAAAGCUGGGAAAGGGGUUUUUGAAGAAUAGACAUGGUUUUAAGGCUCAAAAUGGUCUCAAAAAAAUACUUCCACGGUUUCAAGAUUUGAAAAAUUUUAUUGAUGUCUCAUUUUUUUCUCGAAUUCCAAGCAUUUGAAAAAAAUUAGAAAGGUUCUGAGAAUAUUUAUAAAUUCGAAAAAUUUUUUUUAAUUUCCCAAAAAAACUGAUUUUUCGAAUAGGAAUUCUAUAAAUUUAAGCGGUAUUUUUGAAAAAAACGACCCGAAAAAAACCUCACAAAAAAACCUUGGAAAACCAUGGUUUUAUGAUUCAUGCUUGAAAAAAAUAUUUUUUUGAAAAAAAUUGGUGCGAGAGUGCGUCGGAGUGUAUGCGUACAACACGCCGACUCCCGCAUUUAUUUUUUACAGCAGCCAUUUUUCUCUUUGUUUUAUUUUUGAAUAAGAGGGUUUUCCAUUUUUUUUCAAAGUAGAUUAUAUUUUUUCGGUUAAAAUACAUAAUUAAUGGUUUUUUUUUUGAUUUAAUGAUAGCUGUGAUGUUUCAUUUAUUUUAAUUCAUUUUUUUCGUGUUUUUUCUUUCACUUAAUUUCAUUCAUUUCAUUGUGAAUAACCAAUUUUUUUUUUCAGAAACUCGAAAAAACGGACGAUGGCUGGAGAUUGAUUCGAUUAGAUGGGGAACCCGUACUUCGAGGACCCAAACAGAGGCUUCAAUUGGUUGGAAAAAUAUCCCUACUGAUGAUAUUUCGGUUUAGAUUUUGAGGAGCAUGUAUUUCCAAUGUUUCGUGAUACUUUUUGUCGUCCUGAACGCGAUCGCCAACGCGAUGUUCGUCUAUAAACACGAUACGACGGAUUUGCACCGGAAACAGUAUUUGUACUACGUCGAGGUAUUGUUUGACACGUAGGAAUUUGUUUAACAGAUUAAAAUUAAUGUGAAAAGUGAAGAUAACUAGCUUGUCCAAUGUGAAAUACGAAUUGGACCGUGAAAUUCUGUAAAAAUUCAGAGAAUCAUCUUGAAAAUCCGGAAAAAGUUCAGUAAUAUUUCAGUAAAUUCAGUAAAUUGACUAAUAAUUUCGUGGAAUCAGCAAAAAUUCAGUGAAAAUUCAGUGAAAAUCGUUUUGAAAAUCCAUUAUUAAAUCAAUGAAAAUAAGUUAAUUUGAGGAAUUUCAGUAAAAAUUCCGUGAAAAUUCAGUAAUAGAUGUUGAAAAUCCAUUAAUAAUUCAAUAAAAUUCAGUAAAUUCAAAGUAAAUGCAGUAUAAAUUCAGUAAAUAGUGUUGAAAUUUCAGUUAUAAAUCCGUGAAAUUAUUCCAAAUUCCCGCCUUUAGAGUCUAGAGACUCCCUCCAGAUACAAUUCUAAAGGUUGGCGUAUUGGACCUUCCUGUUUGGGAUGUCAGCUGCUUGACACAGGGAAAUACAGGCAGGCAGGAGUUGAGGAGAGAUAGAGGGGACACGCGGAACCAGCAACCCACCAACUGAGGAACCUUCGCCCACGCGGGGGCGUGGUCGAAGGUUCUCCUAUCGCUGGGCUGGUACAAAAUCAGCAAAAAUUCAGUAAAAUUUCAGUGAAGAUUCAGUAAAUCAUGUUGAAAAUCCAUCAAUAAUUCAAUAAAAAUAAGUUAAUUUCAUAAAUUUACAGUGAAAAUAACUUAAAAUGCUAUGAAAAUUCAGAAAAUCAUGUUGAAAAUCCAGUAAUGUUUCAAUAAAAUUCAGUAAAUUCAGUUGAAAUUAAUUCAAAAUUCAGAAAAAACCAGUUAAAAAAACCAGUUCAAAUUCAGUGUUAAUUCAAUAAAACCGCAGUAAAAACUCCAGUAAAAAUUGAGUAAUAACCCCGUAAAAUUCAGUAAACUCACCUGGUCAGUAGUAUUCCAUUAAAUUAUCUAAAAACUCUGUAACUUGAUGAAAAUUCGCUCUAUUUCAUUUGAAAAUUUUUCACCCUUUUUCUACAUGUCCUCGUCCUCCCACCCCAAGAAACGAAAUAGAUUGAAUAUUUUUGGAUGAAAAGAAAGAUUUUUCGAAAGAAAUUUCUCAGGUCGGUUUCACGAUUCUCUUCGACGUGGAAUGUCUCAUCAAAAUCCUCUGCUACGGAUUCGGAAGCUUCAUCCGGAGAGGAAUCUUCAAAUUCGAGCUGGUCCUUUGCCUCGGCAGCUCCCUGAACAUUAUCCAAUUCUUCUACGAUCGCAAUUAUUUUACUUAUUUUCAAACGUUCCGAUUAUUACGUCUGAUCAAGGCGUCCCCGAUUUUGGAGGAUUUCGUUUGGAAGGUUUGGCUUGUUUUUUUGGGUUUUUAUCAACUUAACACUCAUUCUUUGGCUAGAAAAUCAAUGAAAUUUUCAUCAAACUGAAUAUUUUUCAGAAAAAGCACUAUAAGAUGUUAUAACUUUUGGAAAAAUAACAUUUAAUUGAAUUUUAUUUGACUCAAAAAAAGCCAUUCCGAUUGCGGUACCAAUUUUCUUGUUUUUUUAUUGUCUGAGGACAUUUUUUUAACGGAUUUUUAGGAACCUUGAACCCUCCUGAUUGAAAAAAACACGGAGAAACUUUGAUAAAACUUUAAAAAAAUAUUUUCGCCACUUUGCGUAAAAAAAGCCAUUCCAAAUGCGGCCAAUAUUUUUCAUUUUCAAAUUUUCUGCCAUGUUUUCAAAACCACUUGAAAGUUUCUUACCGCUUCAAAGAAAUUGAAAAAUCUUUGAAAAGACAGAAAAAAUUUCAAUUACCAGCUUUUAAGCCAUUCCAAGUGCGGCUAUUAAAUCGAGUUUUUUCAAUUUUUAGGCUUGCUGGACAUUUUAUUCCUACUUUUUCACAUCUAUUUGAAGAAUUUUCUCCUUUUAUUCGUUAUACGAGUUGGAAAAACAUUGAAAAAACAAGAAGGCAGAAAAAUUUGAAGCUUCAAAGCCAUUCCAAACGCGGCUAUGCGAUCGAUUUUUUCAAUUUAGAGCUCAUUAGAUUUUGCUGCCUGUUUUAAUUGGGAUUCCUGAGAAAUAUAGGCUUUAUAUUUGGAAUCAAAGUUGGAAAAGCUCUGAAACUGACUUCAAAGCCAUUCCAAAUGCGGCCCUUUUUUCAGAUUUUCAGCCCGGGAAAAAAAUUGGGCGGCCUGAUCGCCUUCACAAUCGCCUUCAUUUGUUGCUGCUCCGCGAUUUCACUUCAAUUAUUUUUCUCAGUGCCGAAUCUCAGUUACUUUCAUACCUUUCCUCAGGUUUCUAUUCAAUUUUAGGUCUUCUAAUCAAGAAAUAAAAUUGCAGGCCUUCAUGUCCAUGUUCCAAAUCAUCACUCAAGAAGGUUGGACCGAUUUUGUAGUGGAGGUUUCGAAAGAAAUCCGAAAAAAGGUGCAUUUAUAAGGAAAAAUUUCAGGUUUUAAGAGCGACGGAUGACAAAAUGGUGCCUUUCGUCGCGAUUUAUUUCGUCGCCUAUCAUCUUUUCGUCACUUUGGUAAAUAUUCUUAGGAUUAUCAAACAUUUGGCCGCAUUUGGAAUGGCUUUUCCGUCUGAAAGCCAUUCCAAAUGCGACCAAAUAUCACUCAUUUGACAAUUUAUCAAUAUCUGAAUGAAAAAGUCUUGAAACGGGCUAAUACGUUUUUGUGAUUUUGGACUUUUUUGAUGCGAUUCUCAGCCGCAUUUGGAAUGGCUUUUUUGUUGAAAAAUUUUAGUCAUUCCAAAUGCGACCAAAAUUACAAAAAAAUGGUCUUUUUAAAAAAAUUCUGUUGAUAAAUUGCCGGAAUAAUAAAAAAAGGAGGUGCGAAAAAAAUGGCCGCCAAAAAUUUGGUUUUGUGCGCUCCAAGGAUAAUCUGAACUUUUCCGUGAACUUUCUUUUUCCCAUAGAUCAAUUACUUUUUUUCUUAAUAACUGUAUAGAAAAAGAAAGCCAGGAAAGGAGGUGAGAAAAAAAUGGCCGCUAUAACUUGAGUUUUCUGCGCUCCAAGGAUAAACAGAACUUUUUUUCGAAAGCUUUAUAUUUUUUUUCAUAGUUCAGAUACUUUUUCGAACAACUGUAUAGAAAUAAAGCCAGAAAAAGAGGUGAGAAAAAAUAGCCGCGAUAACUAUGUCUUCUGCGCUCCAUUGAUAAUUAUAACUUUUUGGAAGUUUUUUCGUUUUUUCUGUUCAGGAGCUUCAUUUGAUUGGGCUCCAUAGUCAUUUUUGAUGACUUUUUAGUCUGAUAUUGUAUUUUCUCCCUCAAAAUUUAGCCAUGGAGCGCGAUUUAUCAUUCUUUGAGAGGCUAUCCUUUUCCGAUUCUAAAGGCCAAUUCAGAUCGUGCUCAGUUUAUUCGUCGCUGUGAUUCUGGAUAACCUGGAGAUGGACGAGGAGCUGAAGAAGGUCAAGCAGCUCAAGGCGAGAGAGGCGGUUUUUCCUAAUCUCCCUCGAAAAAAGAAUAGUUUCCCCCUUUUAGACGACGUCAAUGAGGUCGACUUUGCCGUGGAGAUUGAGAGUUUUCGAGAAAUUCCCCACUCGACCCCAGAUGUCCACCAUGAAACGGUAGGGACAGGAAGAAGAAGGGCUCCAAGUGGUCAUUUUAGGGUCGACAAUGACUUCCCGAUGCCGAAAGUCCGGGACAGUUUUACUCAUCAAUUUGCUUCGGAGACCAAUCCCGAUAAUACCGAGCUGAUCGAGCCGGGUUGGUUUGAGAAAAUUGGAAAUUUGGUUUGGAUAAAUUUGGAUAAAUCUAGAUUUUUUUUUUGGAAAUUCCAUGGUCUUUUCAAUUUCCCAUACAACCUUGGUAAGGCGAAUCGGACGUGUUGAAGAAUUCCUAGUGUCUACUUAAGUGGCGUCAGAAUUCUUAAGUGAUCCCUAGAUGGGAUAGCAAUUUUUAAAAGAAACGGCGUUGAAAUUCCAAUUCAAAGAUGAUUUUUUCUGAAAUUUCGCCUUGGAGCGCAAUUGCUUCAACCUUCUUUUUUUUUUACUUUACCAAUUUUUUUCAAUUCUGAGAUUUUUUUUUUCCAGGAAUUGUUUUAGAAUGCGUUCAAAUAAUAUUUUAAUUUUCAUGAAAUAACUAUAGAAAAAAAUGUGAGCUUUAUAGGUGCAAAGAAUAUUCAAAAAUUCAAAAAAUGGAGAAAAUUGGAAAUCUGUUAUUUUCAUACUUGAUUCUUUGUUUAACACGAAUUUUGGAUAAUUCUAGAUCUUUUUUUCAAAAUUUCAUGUUCUUUCCAAUUUUUUAUGCGACCUUGGUAAGGCGAAUCGGAAGUGUUGAAGAAUUCCUAGUGUCUACUUAAGUGACGUCAGAACUCUUGAGUGAUCACUAGAUAAGAUAGUAGUUUGUAGUUUUGAAGUGAAGCUCAAUCAUAACAGCGUUGAGAUUCGUGUUCAAAAAUGAUUUUUUGUGAAAAUUAGCCUUGUAGCGCGAUUGCUUCAACCUUCUUUUUUUUUUUUACUUUAUCGUCCAAUUUUUUUCAAUUCUGAGAUUUUUUUCCCAGGAAUUGUUUUAGAAUGCGUUUGAAAAGUGUUUAAUUAUUUAUAAAAUAAUUUUUACCUUUAAAAUAUAGAGGAACGUGAGCUAUAUAGGUGCAAAGAAUAUUCAAAAAUUCAAAAAAAUGGAAAUCUUAAUUUUUCUAUUCAAACUUGAACGUUGAGUCUGAUCAAAAAUCUGCUCGACAGCUUUUUUCAAUUUUUCAGUGAUACGAAAUAGUUUUUUCCGGUUUUUUGUGGAGAUUUUUGAAUCAUUUUGUCACAAAUUGACUUGAAAUUCGAUUUCUAGCAGACUGACUUAUUCGGGAAUCCUUGUAUCUUGAAUAUAUUGAAGAAUCAAAAAAAUCAAAAAUUUAUCUAAAAAUCCUUUUUUUAUGUUUGGCUCGUUUUUUUCAAACAUAAAAAAAUAAAAAAAUCUGAUCACUUCAAGAGAAAAAAAUUCCCAAGGUGGAAAUUUCAUUUAUCCCUGUUUUUUUGAAAAAAAUAAAUUUGCAGAGUUUGAACAAACGAAACGAGUUCUGCACCUGACCACAGCCGGCAAAAAACGGAAAAUGUUCCACGAAGAGCCGAAUUUUCGACAAAUCGGCGGCUCUUCCUUAAAAUCGAGCAUCAAUGCGUUGCUCGAGUUGGUGGUUUUUUAUUUUAUUUUAUUUUAUUUUCAAUGAUUUUUUUCUUUCUUUUUCAUUUUGCAUGGCCCCCAAGUCGCUUUCUGUACUACAGUUCCUCUCAUCUUCAUAUUUUCCGAUUUAUAGAGCAUGGGCUCUCGAAAAACUACCUAUACCUGUGUUGAACGAAAUGAUUUUGUCUUUCUUUUUUCAUGGGAAUAGCACGAAAAUUUAUUAUAUGUCCAUAAUGUUGCGAGGUGGGAAUGGAAGGGGAAAAUGUGCUCUAUUGAUAAAGUCGGAAUUUUUGGUCUGGAACUAUCCAAUGACUUAAGGGAUCACUUGAUCAUUUUGUAAUAAAAACCGAAAAUGCGCUCUACUGAUAAGGUCUCAUUAUUCACGGCUCAAUUAUCCAUAUGAGACUUGUUCUGGAACUCUAAAAUCACUUAAGGGAUCACUUAAUCACUUUUUGAUAGAGGUAAAAAUGAGCUCUAUUGAUAAGGCCUCAUUAUUCACGGCUCAAUUAUCCAUAUGAGACUUGGUAUGGAAUUUUCGAAUCACUUGAGGGACCACUUGAUCAUAAAGUUAACAAGUGUGCUCUAUUGAUAAAAUCUCUCAAUUCACGGCUCAAUUAUCCAUAUAAGACUUGGUCUGGAACUUUAGAAUCACUUGAGGGAUCACUUAAUCAUGAACUUGAAAAAUGUGCUCUAUUGAUAAAUUUUCAAUUUUCACCGCUCAAUUAUCGAUAUGAAACUUGAUCGGGAAUUUUCCAAUCACUUAAGGGAUCACUUGAUAAUUUUUUGAUGAGGGUAACAAAUGCGCUCUACGGAUAAGACCUCUCAAUUCACCUCUUAAUUUUGAUCAUGAGGCUUGCUCUGGAGUUUUGAACAGCUUAAGGGACCACUUAAUCAUUUUUUUGAAAAAAUAAAAAAAUGAAAAAAAAAUCUAUUGAUAAAGCUUAUGGUUUCACGGCUCAAAGUGUGCCUUGGUCUGAAACUUUCCAAUCACUUAAGGGAUCACUUAAUCACUUUUUGAUAGAGGUGAAAAUGAGCUCUAUUGAUAAAGCAUCUCAAUUGUUGGUCUGAAACUUUCCAAUGACUUAAGGGAUCACUUGAUCAUUUUCUAAUAAAAACCGAAAAUGCGCUCUACCGAUAAGGCCUCAUUAUUCACGGCUCAAUUAUCCAUAUGAGACUUGUUCUGGAACUCUAAAAUCACUUAAGGGAUCACUUAAUCACUUUUUGAUAGAGGUAAAAAUGAGCUCUAUUGAUAAGGCCUCAUUAUUCACGGCUCAAUUAUCCAUAUGAGACUUGGUAUGGAAUUUUUGAAUCACUUGAGGGACCACUUGAUCAUAAAGUUAACAAGUGUGCUCUAUUGAUAAGUUUUCUUAUUUCGUGGCUCAAUUAUCCAUAUGAGGCUUGAUCUGUAAUUUUCGAAUCACUCAAGGGAUCACUUGAUAAUUUUAAUGAGGAUAAAAAAUGGGCUCUAUUGAUAAAAUCUCUCAAUUCACGGCUCAAUUAUCGAUAUGAAAUUUGAUCUGGAACUUUUCAAUCACUUAAGGGAUCACUUAAGGGAUCACUUGAUCACUUUUUGAUGAGCAUAACGAAUGUGCUCUAUUGAUAAAAUCUCUCAAUUCACGGCUCAAUUAUCGAUAUGAAAUUUGAUCUGGAACUUUUCAAUCACUUAAGGGAUCACUUGAUCACUUUUUGAUGAGCAUAACGAAUGUGCUCUAUUGAUAAAAAAAGGUAAUGAUUGAAAGAGCACGGCAUUCCUAAUAGGGUGAGAGAAGGUGAGCGAGGCGUCAAAGUUUCUGAAUUUGCAAAAAAAAAGUAAGUGCGCGCUUCGGAUAAAAGGACUGUGACGUCACAGCUACCUAUCGUUGCAAAUUAAACUGAGUAUUCAAUGGCAUGAAGAAUAAAUUUGGCUGCGUAUCACGUUUCACGCCAAAAUUUUUUUGAAGUCUCCCCAUCCCGUUUGAGAAGGCCGUAAGAGUGUUCGGGAGUUUUUUUCAAGUCAUUUUUUUAAGAGAAUUAGAAAAAAACCCGAAUGAAAUAUCUGUUGAAUAUGUUCUGAAAAAAAGUUUGAAAAAAAUUUUUUUCAUAUAUUUUUUUACACCAUAUCUUGGCAUUGAAAGGUCUCAAAAAUUUCUCCUGAAAUUUUAUUUUCUGCACUGAAAAAGGCUUUCAAUAAACUUCAUAAGACCUUUUCAAAAAGAAAAAAUUUUUGAUCCAGUAAUCCCUCAACAUUCCCACCUCUUAAGUUCAUUGUUAAAUCAACAAAAAACCCUGAUACCGUAACCCACUGGGUCUACGGUAGUGUUGGAAAAGAAGAAGAACGGUUCCAGAUUGUCGGACCGAACGCGUCAGUCGUUGUCCAAUUCGCUGUCGUUUUUGCCGCAUUUCACGAGGUCGUCGGGCAGCUUGUACCCGAGGAAAGACGCCCUACCGUACGUUUCUCACAAAAAAAAGAUUACGGUAGAAACUCCCCCCUACAGUCAUUUUUUGUAGAAAAUCCUCUACCUUUGUUUUUUGGUUUUUCCUUAUGUUGAGCAUGUUCGAGGAAUGGGCACGGUUGAUUUGAUUUUUUUUUGGUUUUUUGCAUGAUUUUUGUCCGAUUUUCGAUUGAUUAUUGAUUUUAUUGAAGUUUUUAGAAGCAAAUAAUGAAAAUAGAGGUUUUUGAAGUGUCUUGGAUCGAGUGAGAUUUUUUGAAAAUUUAUUUUGAAGGUCAGACAAUUUUUGAAGUGAUCUUCUAGAGCUGAAAUGAAUAAAAAUUCAAUUUUUAAGGCCUUUUUUUUAUUGUUUUACUAACACCAGGGGCUGAGUGUGACGUUUUCAGUUUGAAAUUCCGUCAAAAAAAUAAUUUUUUUCGGUUUUUCUGCCAACUUGAAAUUCAAACACUCAGCCUCAUAAGGGAGGUAAUUUUACUAUGAUUUUGGAAUUUUCCGAAAAUUGGCCAAUUUUUUGAUGAAAUAUAUGAAUAUUCUGAAGGUAUCAAGCUAUGAAGCUUCCUAGUUUUCAAGAAAAUAAGGCUUAAAGUUAGAAAAUAACCUAUUUUCAGAGAUUUUUGGUGAUUUUUUGGAGUCUUUUUCUUAAAAAAUUAAUUUUUUUUUAAAUUGAGACCGGAAGGAUUUCCACAAAAAGUUGUUUGGCUGAUUUAAAAACAUUCUGAAGCUCUGAGUAAAAUUACCAACCGUGCCAGAAACCUUACUAAUUCUCCUCCAAUAUUCCCCUCAUUGGAGAAAAUUAUGUUCGUUCAGAAAAUCCCGAUCGAUGACCGGAAAAUUCCUGCAAACCUCCUCGCUGAGGAACAAGCAGCAGAUGAUGUUCAACGAGAACGGCGACCUGUCCAGGCCUUCAGACUCGGCCCCGAAAAAGGACAUCAAGCAGGGCGAGAUCGACCUGAGGGCUCUGCAGCAGAAACGACAGCUCGCUGAGAUUACCAGGUGCUGAAUUCUUUAUUUUUCAUUGAGGUCAUACGUCGGCUGGAUCCCACCCCGAAGUGCACCCCCUCAAAAAAAGCGGCCUACUUCAGUACAUUUUCAAAUUUUUUUCGCGCGCAAAAAGGCUGGGGGAUCCAGCCGAUGUAUGAUUGAGGUUGAAAUUUUGACAGUUUCGAAUUUUCGCUAGUAACUUAAAGUUUUCAAUCUUCAAUCCGUUCAAAACGUCUUUUUAGAGCUUUCAAAUUUUCUCCUCAAUUUUAAUGACAAUAUCUAUUUUUUUAAAAAAAUUCAUGGGAACGGCUGUGAGAGCGUGUUUAACAGGCCAUAUUAAAGGCGCAGGUCGCCAUAUUGCCAGAGGUCUUUGAGAUGAUUCAUAUUUAUUUAUUUCACUCAAAAAAACGAAAAAUACAGAAUAUUUGAAAAAGAAGUACUCUUCAAAAAAACGCAUUUUUUUCCGCACGAAAGCGGCGCAGUGCAUGCACCCGAAACACAAAACUUUACGCGCUUUCGAAAAAAACGCCGUGAAUCAGUCUUUAAUAAAUUUUCACAAACCUGAAAAAACAAGGAAGUUCUCAUAGCAACCCUUUUUGCAUACAGAAUAAAAAAGACAGUAGCUCAGAAAAUCAUGGGAAAAUUUGAGUAAUUUUCACAGAGAAAAAAAAUUACACGAUUUUUUGAGCUUUUCCUUCAGUAUAUAAGGUUAUGAAGCGAUGAAAAAAUCAUUUCCUCGGUUUUUUAUAGUUAAGUUUUGAAGAAUUUUCCAGAAAUUAUCGAUUUUCCGUUGAACAGAGUGUUUCAAGGUGACCGAACUGGUUAAAAAAAUUAAGUAUAUAAUAAUUUAUGUUGUCUAUUUUUUUUCAAAGUAUAUAUUCCCAAUUUUUCGACAAAAGCUCUAUACAAUUUUAAAAAACACUUCAGAAACCGAAUCGAGGAAGAUAUGCGAGAAAACCACCCCUUUUUCGAUCGUCCUCUUUUCAUGGUCGGCAGAGUUUCCAGGAUUCGCGAAUUCUGCAAAAAGGUACAUUUUUCAAUAAAUCAGAAGAUUUUGAAGUUCAUUUCCAGCUUGUACAUUCGAAAUAUGACAUCCUGGACGAUGGAGUCAAUGGAAGCAGUAAAACCAAACGAAGGUUCAAGGAAAUUAGGUAUAGACUUGAAAUUUUAUCAUUUUUGAAGAUAAAAAAAACUAUAGAAAUGGAAAUCAAGAAGUAUUUACUUCAAAAAUAUAUGAAUUUCAUCAAAAAUUAGUUAUUACCAAGAUUUCAGAGCUCUUUUCGGGAUAAUGCCCUAUUUGGACUGGGGAAUGGCCACCGUCACGAUUCUCUCCUGUAUUUCAAUGCUUUUCGAAAGUCCAUGGCCUACGACUGGAGAAAACCUCGUCAUGUACAAUUUCUACCUUCAGGUAACCUCAAAACCGCGAAUUUCCACUUUCCUGUACCUUAUCUCAAUGCAUUACGCGCGCUCGCCAGGCAAUAUGUCUCAAAAGCACGCCUAGGAAACCCGUAGCAUCGGUGGUUCAGUGGUAGAAUGCUCGCCUGCCACGCGGGCGGCCCGGGUUCGAUUCCCGGCCGAUGCAAUUCUUUUUUGCUCCUCCGCAAAAACAUUCCUUUCUUUUCAGAUUGCUGAUUACGUGUUCGUUUUGGCGAUGACUUUCGAACUUUGCGUGAAAAUCAUCGCAAAUGGCCUGUUUUUCACGCCGAAAGCUGUCGUGAGGGAUGUCGGCGGCGUCAUGACGCUUUUUAUAUACUUUGUAAUUUAAUCUUCCGAAAAACUUGUAAAUUUUUAAAUUUCAGACCAGCUUGAUAUUCCUGAUGUGGCUGCCAAAACACGUCGAAAUCAACAGUGUCGCCCAAUUUUUGAUGAUUUGCCGAGCGAUGCGACCUCUGAGGAUCUAUACCUUGGUUCCGCAUAUUCGAAGGGUUGUCCUCGAGUUUUUUCGAGGCUUCAAGGAGAUUGUGCUGGUAAAUAGGACGGGGUUGCAGUCGGAAUGGGUCAAAAAGUGAAUUGAAGUUUUGGCAACUUGAAAAAGGCGCACUUUCAGUAAUUAUUACGGCCGCGGCACUUUGAGCCAUUCCAAGUGCGGUUGCGGUAAUUGAAGUCGAAGAGAAAAAUCAUAAGGACCUUUAUAAUGUUCCAUUCUUGCCGUUAAGAUCAUAUUGAAAUAAUUUUCUGACCGUUUUCAAUUUUUCAAUUCGAAAAAAAAAUUUUUCAUAUAUUAAUUUGUUUUGAUCUUGCUUGUCUUUGUUAAAAAUCAAGCAUUUCUCAAAUUUAUCAAAAAGUUCAUUGAACCUUACUCUUAAGCCUUUUCUAAUGAAUUAUUACUUCAUAAUCCAUAUUCCAGGUAACAAUCCUGAUGAUCGUCGUCAUGUUCAUUUUUGCGAGUUUCGGCGUCCAAAUCGUUGGUGGAAAAUUAGCGGCUUGUAAUGAUCCUUCCAUUAAAUCUAGGGUUUCAAAUGAAAUUUCAAGAAAAAAAUAUGACAUUUUUCGAUGUUUUAGGAAAAAUUGUACGGGUGUAUUUUUGGCAAAAAAAUUGUUCGUGACAAGGCUGGAAGUGUACGGGAAGGACAGCGAGACGAUGCACCCCAAGAUUUUGGUCCCCAGGGUUUGGUGAGGCUUUUACUUUUUUUAUGUUAUAGUAGGUUGGUUUAUGAAGCAAAAUAAGUUCAACUGGAGAAAUUUUAUAAAAGCAUCGUGGUUCAUUUCAAGAAAACUGAGGAAAAAAAAUUGGAACUUUUAGCUUUUUUUGAAUUUUCAUAAUUUUAUUUUUUUCUUAUUCACAAAUUUUUUUGCGAUUCAGGCAAUGAAAAAUAUUGAAAAAUAUUAGAUUUUUCUCAACAUUUUUUUAAUCAUUUUAGUCAGGUAUAUUGAUAGUUUUUUUAUUAAAAAAAUCUACCUGGUACCAUAAGAAAAAGGUCAUUUGGAUUGAAGGAUUUCAUGAGGAUUCGUGAUUUUUUUGUAGGAAGUUUUUUUAAUUCUCAAGCUUCGACUGAACUUUGAAUAUUCUUAUAGAAAAGUUGGAAAAAAACUUCACGCUCUUGUUAAUUUGCCUACAGGAGCCGAAAGUUAGCAUUGGCGCGCACUUUCGAUUUUUUUAAAAAAAUUUUCCAAAAAAAUUCCAAACUUUUUUUUAUUUUCUAUACCUUUUUCUUUAGUUUUUCAUUUGUGUUUUUUUGUUAUACUAUUUAAGAUUAUACUUCUAACAACAUAUUUUCAAAGAUAUAAAGAAUCAGAAAAGACAAAUGGACCGAACUUUUCGUUUUGAAUUUAAUAUUGAGGUUUGACGAUUUUUAUGAAAUUUUGCAGGACAAACCCAAGGAAUUUCAACUUUGAUCAUGUUGGAAAUGCAAUGUUGGCGCUUUUCGAAACUUUGUCAUUCAAGGGUUGGAAUGUGAUUCGGGAUAUUUUGUGGAUUCGGCAUGGGCCGGUGGGUUUUAAUUGAUUUUUUUAAACUUUGUCUUUUUUGUGUUUUUUUUUUUGCUUUAAUCGUGUUGGAUUUUUUGUAAACGUGUAAAGCUUUUCUCAGUGAGCUUAUUAGAAAUAGAAAAGAAAAGAGCAGUUUUAACUUGAAUUAUUCAGUGGGCAGUGGUUUUUAUCCACAUUUACGUCUUCAUUGGCUGUAUGAUUGGUUUGACGUUAUUUGUCGGCGUCGUCAUUGCAAACUACACACAGAAUCGGGUGAUUUUCUAAUUUAAAAUUAGGGAAUAUAUUUUCUGUAGAGGUUCGAUGGUUGUAUGAUUAUUCAGAGGAUGAAAUUGUAAUCCUGGAAGGAAAAUGAGUGAGACGGUAACAUUAAAAAAUUUUUUUCAAUUUUUAGCACCUUCUAAAAAUAUUGAGAGAACUUUUCUCGGCUUUUUUUUCUUAGGAAUGCUAAAAUCUACAUUUUCCUUGGUGCUUCUUUUGGGACUGCCAAAAUUUCAUUGAUUUUUGGUUCGGUGCUCUUCUUGGGACCGCCUAAAAGCCGGUUUUUAUAAUUUUUUUAGACUCGUAGCUCCCAGAAAAAAUGAAAAAUUAGGAAGUUGAGGCAGGAUUUUCUUGAAAUUCCCCGGAAUUUUGGCCAGUUUUCGAAAAAUUAACCUUCCUCGUCUUUUUCUAGAACUUCUGAUUUUUGUUUAAAAUGAUGAUACUCAAUGCUGAUUCGAUGGGCUUCAAUGUACGAAAUUUCAUUUUUUAAGAUUUACAGUACUGGCCAUAAAGGUAUUUCAAAGUGGUUAUUCGAGCAUAACUUCUCUGAAAGUGGCUCAAAUGACUUGAAACUUUGCAAAAAUUUCAAAUAGCUACGCAGUAACUUUUUCCCAAAAAAAAAAUCAUUUGCUCAAGUCAGACCGGAUUUGGGAGCAAAAAACCAAAAAUCGUGAAAAUCAAGAUUUUUCUCUUGAGAUUCGAAAAAUCAUAUCUUCAAAGAAACUUCGUUUUCGAACCAGAAACUUUUUUCCCCAGUAAAACAAGUCUUCGGCUUUCCAAAAAACCUAACCAGCCCCUCACCAACCCGAUAGUAAGAGCGUAGUGACUUUUUCUUCGAAAGGCCCUUGCGUUUUGAAGCCUCCUCAUUCAAAUGGACUAUACGAGGUCAUUUUUGUUUGAGAACACCCUGUAUCAUGUUGAAAAAUUUUGAAACACCCUCAAAAAAAGGUUCACACUGAUUUCUUCAGCUUUCUCACUUUAUCUGCUCUCCAGAACUCACUAACUUCACUAGGACCGAUUUUGAAACCUCUGAUUUGAACAGUUUUUCUGGACUUUCGGGCGUUCAAAGUAGUUUUUAUCUGGUCAAUCGCUUUUAAAUCGUGAAUUUGAAAAUAAUAAUUGGCUAAAUUUCAGGCUCCUACACCUGAAGACUGCUAAAUUUUUUUGCUGAAGCAUUAGUUUCACAAGAUCAAAAAAACUUAUUUUUCCCAUAAAAAUUUAAAGAAACUUUUUUUACAGUGCUUAUCUUCGAACUGAGAGCUAGAAAGAGGAGUUACAAAUUUAUCUCAUGAUCUAAAACAUUUAAAAAAAUAUGAAAAAAAGGGUUUUUAUCAUCUUCCACAAGAUUUGGAGCCCUCUAAGCAACACUUGCUGAAACGAAGUUUUGAGAACUUUAAGAAACUCAUUAUAACUCACUAUAUCUUUCGAAUAAGUAAGCAAAACACAGUGGGUCUUUUUUUAUUUUUAUUCAUCAAGGUUCUAAAGAAGCUCUGAAAUCUGAAAUAAAAAAUCGAGAAUGUUCUGAUUUUGAAAAAGGAGCAUAACCGCUUCAAAUCAGAGGUUUCAAAAUCGGUCCUAGUGAAGUUAGUGAGUUCUGGAGAGCAGAUAAAGUGAGAAAGCUGAAGAAAUCAGUGUGAAACUUUUUUUGAGGGUGUUUCAAAAUUUUUCAACAUGAUACAGGGUGUUCUCAAACAAAAAUGACCUCGUAUAGUCCAUUUGAAUGAGGAGGCUUCAAAAGCAAGGGCCUUUCGAAGAAAAAGUCACUACGCUCUUACUAUCGGGUUGGUGAGGGGCUGGUUAGGUUUUUUGGAAAGCCGAAGACUUGUUUUACUGGGGAAAAAAGUUUCUGGUUCGAAAACGAAGUUUCUUUGAAGAUAUGAUUUUUCGAAUCUCAAGAGAAAAAUCUUGAUUUUCACGAUUUUUGGUUUUUUGCUCUCAAAUCCGGUCUGACUUGAGCAAACAAGUUUUUUUCUGGGAAAAAGUUACUGCUUAGCUAUUUGAAAUUUUUGCAAAGUUUCAAGUCAUUUGAGCCACUUUCAGAGAAGUUAUGCUCGAAUAACCACUUUGAAAUACAUUUAUGGCCAGUACUGUAUACAAACAUCAAAAGACUAGAGGACUUGGAUAUAUUGGAAAAAAAAAUUUAUCGAAUUUUUGCCAGGGAACCGCCCUCCUAACAGUCGAUCAACGUCGUUGGCACGACCUGAAAGCCCGUCUGAAAAUGGCCCAACCGCUCCACGUCCCCCCGAAGCCUUCAGAAUCCGCACGUCUCCGGACGAUUUUCUACGAUCUGACCAUGAGUCGAUGGUUCAACCAAGUUUUAUUGGGUAGCCAGUAAAUUUUCAAAUAUAUCUUUUUCAGGCCUUCGCCCUUCUCGUUCUUUUGAACUCGGCGACUUUGAUCAUUCCGUGGAACGUCGAAGAAGAAGAUCAACAGGCGACUUUGAUCUUUAUCGUCACUGUUUUAAGCGCUGUGAUUAAUGUCGUUUUUGCGGCCGAGGUGAUUUGGAAAGCCCCGAAAAAGACGGCCACUAAAUCAAUAAAAAAAUUCUGAAAGUAUUGAUUGAUUUAUGAAAAAAAUUUACAUUUUUCAGAUUUUUUUCAAUAGUCCAUAGGUCCAUAGGUUGAUAAGGGUCCUAUAAUCUCAAGAUUUUGAGCCUAAAAUCGAUUUUUUUUUUUGUCGGAAGUCUUUGAUAUUCAUAUGAAAUUUCCUUUCAUGGUUCUUCCGUACCCACCUUCUUAGGAUCUCUAGAGUGAUCCAUAUGAAGAGAUUUUAAAGGAUCCCUACAGGGACCACUUUACCAACUCCUAUAGGGACUAUGAAAACUAAAAAAAAACGUUUUUCAGAUUUUUUUUCAAUAGCCCAUAGGUUGACUAGGGGUAAUUAUUUUGAAGAUUUUGAGCCUAGAAUCGAUUUUUUUUUUGUCGGAAUUCUUUGUUAUUUUUGGAAAAUUCCAGAAGGGACCGUUUUUCAUAGUUCUUCAAUACUUAGAAUCUCCAGAGUGGACACUAUAGGAGAAACCUUUGAAGAGUCGCUUCUAGGGAUCACUUUAGGAACCCCUAUAGGGGCCCCUAAAGCUUUCAAAAGUGGUCCCUAUAGGGGACAUGCUAGUUUAUAAUUGUUAUGAACUCUAUGCGAAGAAUUUUGAAUAAAAUUGACAGACCCCUAUGGGGACCACUCAAGCUUUAGGGGCUAAGGGGUCAGACCCUAAGCCCCUAUAGGGGCCACUUUUUGGACAUCUUCAGGGGCUGUUUUUUCCUUAACUCCUAUAGGGACCACUUUUCGAAUAUCUUCAGGGGCUGUUUUCCCCUCUAAUCACUGUAGGGACCACUUUUUAGCAUCCAUAGAGGCUGCCUCUAUAGGGACCACUCUGAGUUUAAAAGCUUCCUUUUUCAAAAAAAUAAUAUUUAAAUUUUGCAAAUUUUUGAACGUGAGGUUCUCUAUUUUGAUUUUCUAAUUUACCAAACAAGAGCGUUCAGAUCAUCCUCAAGAUCAUCGCCUACACCUUCUCGGGCUUCUGGCAAUCGCGUCGGAACCGAAUCGACCUCCUCAUCACCAUAUUCGGCGUCGUCUGGAUCUUCAUGCACUUUUUCGUCGCCCUGCCCUCCAAGAAGUUCGACGUGGCCGUUCAGGGCGAACUGAAGAAGUUCACCUACAGCUACGGAUUCCUGGUCGUCAUCCUGCGGUUCUUCACGAUUGCUAGUGGGUUUUUGGUACUAAGGGAAAAAAAUAGUCUUGGGGGAAAUAUUGGUGGUAAGGAUGUUUUGCCUGAUGAGCCGAAAAUUGUUUUUUCAAAAUUUAGUUCAUUGAAGGAUCUUUAAAAAGCUCCUGAAAACUGUUUCUGUAGGGAAUGGAAAAAUCAGCUCUAGGCGCAAAUUUUUUAGGCCUUUUGGAUAGGAUUUACUCGAAAAAUUUCAACUGAAAGUAGUUUGAAAAAUUAGCCACAGAAGCUUGAAACAUGUGCGCUCUGUAGAGAAUAAAAGAUUAAAAAAUUUUUUUUCGAAAAUUCAAGGUUUUUUUUUUACUAAUUUUCGAAGGUUUUGUACGUUUUUGAGUUCUAUUGUUUUUUUUUUAAUUCUUCGAAAUCUCCAAAAUGUCAGGUCGAAACUCCACCCUGAAAAUGCUGAUGUUGACCGUGGUUAUGAGCAUGUUCCGGUCAUUUUUCAUCAUCACUGCCUUGUUCCUACUGGUUCUGUUCUACGCCUACACUGGUGUCAUCCUCUUCCCGAUGGUCAAAUACGGAAUGGCCGUGAGCAAGUGCGUUGCGGUCGCGUCGCGGUUUUCGAAAAAAUAUCGAUUUUUUAGACACGUCAACUUCCGGACGGCUAGCGAAGCGUUGGUGGUCCUUUUCCGGUGCCUGACUGGCGAGGAUUGGAACGAUAUCAUGCACGAUUGUAUGGUGAGGAUUAGGGAUGUUAUUAAAGGCGCAUAGGGUGGGAGAAAUUGGUCUUGAGGCUUUUAAGGUUUUUCUUCAGUUUCAUAGCAAAAGGGUUUUCGAAAUUUGAGUUAUUUGUAGCUUCUUUUUACAGUUCGAAAGAGCAUAGAUGAUUUAAAACAAGUAAGAAGGAUUUUUUUUUUUGAAGAUUCGUAGCUUCUUCAGGAAACACUAAGGCUGAUCUUUUGAGUUUAAAUUGUUCAAAAGCUGGAGAAAAUUGAUCAAGUUCCUAGCUACUAGACUGUUCUUCAAGCGUCGAUCGGAAAACCUUCGAAAAUUUAUAACUUCAAAAAUGAAUUAAAUUGAGCUAGACAGCUGCCGAAAGUUGGUUUAAGAUUAAGAGACAGGAGAGAAAAAAUAGGAGGUGAAAUAACUUUGUUUUUGGGCGCCCUAUCCUUUACUAUAUACAGCUGAGGCACGGCUGGCUCGCAAUCGAAAAAAAAUGAGUCCUGUCACGAUAAGAAAGGAGAUAGUGUCUGGUUAGUGGAGGGCGCAGACAGGCCACGCCCCUUUUUGUGCCGUGACCCGGCUAUGAAUGGCCAGGUGUCGACGGGUGUACCCGUAUUAAUCCCGAUUUUUUGUUUGAGUUUCAACUGCACGGAAAUAACGGGUGCAAGAGCCAGGCAAUUCCUAAAGCCGGCGGGCUUGUACGGGCUCAAUAAGGGUACACCCGCUGAGAUCCCGCACUUCUUCUUUCAAAAUUAGAUAAGAAUUCAUGAUUGUAUGGUGAGGAUUGGGGUGUUAUUAAAGGCGCAUAGGGUGCGGGAAAAAAUUGGUCUUGAGGCAUUUGAGGUUUUUCUUUAAAGAAUAGUGGAUCAAAUAAAUAAUUUCGCGCCAAAACUUAACCCCUAUCCUUUUCUAUAUGCAGCUGAGGCACGGCUGGCUCGAAAAAAUGGGUCCUCACACUAUAAGAAAAGAGAUAGUGUCUGGUUAGUGGAGGGCUUGUACAGGACUAAUACGGGGUUGCCCGCUGAGAUCCCGUCUAAAUUAGAUAAGAAUUUACCCUGAAUAUCAGCCAAUUUUCCAGAGAAGUGCCCCGUUUUGCUAUUGGCAAGAAGGAUUGAACUAUUGGGAGACGGAUUGUGGCAAUUAUUACGGGGCGAUCAUUUAUUUCUGCUCAUUCUACCUGAUUAUCACCUAUAUUGUUCGUAAUCUCCUUGUUGGUAAGAAAAAAAAUGUAGAAAAUUUAGUCGAGAAAAAAUUUCCAGCCAUAAUCAUGGAGAAUUUCUCACUGUUCUACUCAUCGGAAGAAGACGCCCUGUUGAGUUAUGCGGAUAUACGGAAUUUUCAGGUUUUUUCGCUUGGAAAAUUACUGUAAAAGGAGAUUUUCAGUUGGUCUGGAACAUGGUUGACCAAGAGCAAAAAGGCAUGAUCGCCGUUUGUCGCGUUAAAUUUUUGCUCCGACUUUUGAAGGUUUCCUUUUUUUUUUUCUGAUCACAUUGGAAAAAAGCUUUUUUACACUUUAGAACAAUACUGGGUAGUUUUUAAGACACCAUUUUAAUCUUUUUUUAGACUCAAAAUGGAAUAAAAAUCGUGGAAAUAUCUCUAGAUUCCAAUCAAAUUACCAUUUAUAAGUCUAUCAUUGUAGUUGGAUUUUUCUUCCGUUCAUCAUUGAAAAGUUAAAGAGAAAAUUACGAAGAGACGUGUAAAAUCAGAUAAUUUAUCAUUAGAAAAAUAGAAAAAACUUGAACUUUUUCGAUUUUUAAAAGGUAAUCGAAAUAUCCAUUUUCAAGCACUUUAGAGCAGUAAAUUUUUUAAUUCUAGAAAAAAAUUACUGAGAGAUGUGUAAAAAUGUUAACUAUUCAUAAGAAUCGGAUUUUUGAAAUUUUGCGUAAAAAAUUAUGAUGGUAGAGCUUGAAAAACUUUAAUUUUGGAACUUUUUUUAAAAAUUGGACGUUAAAUGCUCGAAAACCAGUUUUCAAACUUGUCCUGAUAAGUACGAACUAUAGUACAUUUGAUGCCUUUUUUCGAAAAUCCAAGUCAAGUUUACCAAAUUUGGCUCGACAUUUUGCUAUUCCUACGUGGAACAAAGAUUUAUUUAUUGAUUUCUAGGGCCGCCUGGAAGUAGAUCCAGAAAAAGAUCGGGUCCUUUUCAAGCACAUGUGCUACGAGAUGGAACGGCUUCACACUGGCGACGACGUCUCUUUCCACGAUGUUCUAUAGUUAAUAUUUUAAUAUAUCGAUUGAUUUAUUGAUUUUUCACUGUUACAGUAUGCUCUCGUAUCGAUCGGUGGAUAUUAGGAAGUCACUGCAGUUGGAGGAGCUGUUACAGGUGAGCGGUGGGGCGCAUUUGAGCUUGGAAAUCGGCUAAAAAUAUGAUUUUUGAAAGAAGAAAGAUUUUCGAUUGAAAAUUAGCCUCUCUAUCAUUUUUUGAAGAUAAGGGAUAAAUUAUCAAUAAAGCGCGUUUGGACCAGGUUUUUAGGGCGAUUUUUUAGUAUCACUUAAGUGGCUUUAUCGCCCCUUUAGUGUUCCCUUAAGCUUAUAGGAGCCUGCAAUUGUAAAUAAAACGAUUUUCGAUGAAAAACAGCCUCUCUCUAUCAUUUUUUGAAGAAAAGGGAUAAAUUAUCAAUGGAGCGCGUUUAGACCAGGUCUUUAGGGCGAUUUUUUUUUAGGUAUCUCUUAAGUGGCUCCUUUAGUGUUCCCUUGAACUUAUAGGACUUUCCCGAAUUUUUUCUUCAUGUAUGGGUGUCAAUAAAGCUCACUUUUUGUAUUGGAAUUUUUUUUAAAAUCAGUUACGAUUUUUCAAUCAAUAUAUUGCUCAAAUAGUUACAAUUCACAAAGUUAGAAGCUGUGAAGAUUGCUCUGAAUUAAGAGAGAAGAGCUGGAGUUCAUCAUCGAAGAAGAGGUGGCGAAACAGACGAUCAGAACUUGGUUGGAAGGGUGUCUGAGGAGGAUGAGGAACCCAAGCAAGCAGGGAACGCCUUUUGAAGGUUUCAGGACUUAUUGAGGGUUUAUUUUGAAAAUAUGAAAUACUGAGCGGUGAGGAGUUCAGAAAUGAUACUUGCAAAAAAGAAGGUGACGAGAAUUCCAGCACUGUAGUUUGGGGUUUGAUCCGAAUGUCUCUAGAUCUUUUGUGGUCCUUCGUGCUGUAAUUGUAAAGUUCAAAGGGUCUCAAAGGCUGGAAGAAAUAUAAAAAACGACAGAAAUAUUACGGGGUUGAGAUAAUGAGAUAAGGUUUUGUACUCUGAACCGUCUGAAAAUUAAGGCUAAAAGGCGGCCUACCCCCCUUAAACUGCGGCCUACACUCCAAAAAAACAGACUAUCCCCCAAGUACAGAAAUCAUUCUUCAGGUUGGAUUGAAAUGAUUUUUGGAAGAUCAGGAAUAAUUCAAGUAUUGAACAUCAGCCUUUGGCGAACUAGAAGUCCAAACUGUAGCUGAUCAAGUUGAAAAGAUGUUCUUGCGGUUUUUCUGCGCGUAGUCCAUUCAGUUGCGCCUUGACGAGCUUAGAAUGUAGCGGAAGGUGUAGCCUCGAAAUAAGAUCGGCCACAGAAAAAUGAAGACCCCACACAGAAUCUUCAUAUUCCAUUGAUUUUCACUCGAUGUUCCAGGCCACUCGUCGGCCCAUGAGGAUGGAAAACCGCGGUUCCGCUUCCGAUUCGGCGAGCAGAACACCUCGGAAACGGACGCCAGUGGAUCCAGCGACGAAGAUCCGCCGCCUCCGCCCGUCCGGAAAAAGGCCGCCAUCAAGAACCGACGUGGAAGCGUUCCUGACCCGACUGCCUUCUCGGUUCGAUGCGGUUUUUGAAAAAAUGGAAAUGUUUAUGUCCCUUUUUCAAACUUAACAAAGGAUUCCUAGUGGAUCUGACACUUUAUUCAUAAAGUUAAGCAGUUUUUGUGCUUUUCCUUAAGGAGGACCAUUUUUUCCAAUUUCAUUUUAUCGGAAAAUGGUUUCCAGACCUCAACAAUUUUCCAAGAAGCCGCCCGGAAAUUCAUGGUCAGUGGAAGUGGCAGCGAGAAGAAACAGGUCCAAAUCAAGGUGAACCUACAAUUUCCACAAGAAAAUAACUUAUUUUCAGUCCCGAUCCCCAGAAACCGUUCAAUUGUUACCAAAACGGUCAUCGUCGGACGGAAAAAAGGGCGGCCAACAGAAAACUCUACACGUAAGUAGCGACGCGGCGUUACACGGUCGCGUGGUGUAGUGGUUAUCACAUCUGUCUUACACACAGAAGGUCGGCGGUUCGAUCCCGCCCGCGAUCAGUUCUCUUUUUGCUGUUUUUUGUUGGGCUCGAAAACAAGUUUUUUCAACGAUAAUGGUAAUAGAUUUUCAAAGUUAGGCAUUAUUAUUAUUAUUUUAGAAGUUUUUUCUUGAUUUUAAAAGAAAUCCGCGAAGUUAGAGCCAUUAGAAACAGACUAUGUAGUUUUAAAAAGAUUAUUUAAAAAUCAAUUUUCUGAAAAGGAUUAAGUUUUAUAAUUCAUGAUUUUUCCAGUUGAACAAGUUAUUCUAGAAGUUUGUUUAACCUCAAUAACUUUGAAUUAAACUUUAAACCCUAAUUUCAAAGUUUAGGUUCAGUUGAACGUGUACGACCUGCCGGAUCUGGAAGAAAAAGGGGAAGAUGGACUCUUUUCUCCAAUUAAAUCGAUUGAUGAACUUAUCGAGUCGCCCAAUAUUGUGGGUUUUAAUGUACAGAAGGAAAAAAAAGGGUUUUACUGGGAAGAAAUUUUUUUUUAAUGGGAGGUUAUCGAUUCAGUAGCAUUACUCCUUCAGAAUAUCAUAAUUUGAAUUUUCGGUCAGUCUUCUAAUGAACUUUGGGACGAGAAGGGCAACCUUAAGGCCACUUGAAUGUCUCCCUGUUGGGAUCACUUUCCGUCCCCCUAUAGGGGGCAAUAAAGCUUGCAAAAGUGACCACUUUAGGGAAGCAUGCAAGUCGUUUAUUGCUAUGACCGGAACAGACUAUAGAAAGUGUAAAAAACCAGCAAAAAGGCCAAUUUUGAUGGUAAUAGUCUCGAAAUUAUUUUUUUAAAGUCAAAAAUCCUUUUUUUUCCAGAGAAUGCAGGUGGUAAUCCCGUCGCCGACGCAGCCUCUGUCCAAUAAUCCAAGCCCAAAGCCUCACUACCCCCAAGAAACGACAAAAGACAUUGAAAGCUGGUGGAAUCUGCUCAACGAAUAG